ACUAUCUUUUCUCUCCUCCCUCCCUCCCUGCCCAGAUUGGACCCCCGCGUCAUCUUUGGACCUCAGAAUCCACUCGGGGACAAGUGUGUUAAUAGUCGUCGAGAUGGAGCGAAGCUUCGCCGGCCGCCGGGCGCUGGUCACCGGAGCGGGCAAAGGCAUCGGGAGGGACACUGCCAAGGCGCUGUUUGCUAGCGGAGCCCAAGUGGUAGCAGUGAGCCGGACCCAGGAGGACCUGGUCAGCCUGGCCCAGGAGUGCCCAGGAAUAGAGACUUUAUGUGUGGAUCUGGGAGACUGGGAGGCCACAGAGCGGGCUCUGAGUACCAUCGGCCCUGUGGACCUGUUGGUGAACAAUGCAGGUGUAGCCUUGCUACAGCCUUUCCUGGAAGUCACUAAGGAGGCUUGUGAUAGGUCUUUUGAUGUGAAUUUUCGGUCAGUGGUCCAAGUGUCCCAGAUGGUCGCCCAGGGGUUGAUAGCCCGAGGCGCCCCAGGAGCUAUUGUCAAUGUCUCCAGCCAGGCCUCCCAACGUGCUGUAAAGGACCAUGCCAUCUACUGCUCCACAAAAGGUGCCAUGGAUAUGCUAACCAAGGUGAUGGCUCUGGAGCUGGGACCCCACAAGAUCCGAGUGAACACAGUGAAUCCUACCGUGGUGAUGACUGCCAUGGGCAGGGCCAACUGGAGUGACGCCCAGAAAGCAGAGUCCAUGCUAAGCCGAAUCCCACUGGGCAAGUUUGCAGAGGUGGAGGACGUGGUGAACGCCAUCCUUUUCCUGCUGAGUGACCAGAGUGCCAUGACUACUGGCUCAGCUCUGCCGGUAGAUGGAGGGUAUCUGGUGGGUUAGGAGAUCUGCAUCCUGAACCAGGGGAAGGCAUCUGCUUUCUGUGCCUUAUUAAAUGUGUAUCAUCUGA